AAUCCGUCGCCAGUGUCAAGGAGAGCCCGAAAGAAUCCAAAUUGUCUCCUGAAUUAGAGAAGAUUGUCACUGAGAAGACAGAGAUCGUUAAACAAGUUGAAAUUGUUGAGCAGAAGAUCCAAGAAGUCGCCAAGGAUGAGAUUCUUAAGGUCGAGCCAACUUCCAAGGAGCCCUCUCGGCCACAACAAUCCGCCGAGCUGAAAGAAGAGGUCAAGGAAGUUGGCAAGGAGUCUCCGAAGGAAAUCUCCAGGCCAGAGUCCAGCCUGAGCCCAUUUCGGAACCGACAAGAAAUCUCCCGGCCAGAAUCCGUCGCCAGUGUCAAGGAGAGCCCGAAAGAAUCCAAUUGUCGAGCCAACUUCCAAGGAGCCCUCUCGGCCACAAUCAUCCGCCGAGCUGAAAGAAGAGGUCAAGGAAGUUGGCAAGGAGUCUCCGAAGGAAAUCUCCAGGCCAGAGUCCGUUCACAAACCGCCAGUUCGAAGGACGAAGCUCCGAAAGAGCCUGAGCCCAUUUCGGAACCGACAAAAGAAAUCUCCCGGCCAGAGUCCGUCGCCAGUUCGAAGGACGAAGCUCCGAAAGAGCCUGAGCCCAUUUCGGAACCGACAAAAGAAAUCUCCCGGCCAGAAUCCGUCGCCAGUGUCAAGGAGAGCCCGAAAGAAACCAAGUUGUCUCCUGAACUGGAGAAGAUUGUCACUGAGAAGACAGAGAUCGUUAAACAAGUUGAAAUUGUUGAGCAGAAGAUCCAAGAAGUCGCCAAGGAUGAGAUUCUUAAGGUCGAGCCAACUUCCAAGGAGCCCUCUCGGCCACAAUCAUCCGCCGAGCUGAAAGAAGAGGUCAAGAAGCCAGAGUCCGUUGCCAGUUCGAAGGACGAAGCUCCGAAAGAGCCUGAGCCCAUUUCGGAACCGACGAAAGAAAUCUCCCGGCCAGAAUCCGUCGCCAGUGUCAAGGAGAGCCCGAAAGAAUCCAAAUUGUCUCCUGAAGCAGAGAAGAUUAUCACUGAGAAGACAGAGAUCGUUAAACAAGUUGAAAUUGUUGCGCAGAAGAUCCAAGAAGUCGCCAAGGAUGAGAUUCUUAAGGUCGAGCCAACUUCCAAGGAGCCCUCUCGGCCACAAUCUUCCGCCGAGCUGAAAGAAGAGGUCAAGAAGUUGGCAAGGAGUCUCCGAAGGAAAUCUCCAGGCCAGAAAUCCGUCGCCAGUGUCAAGGAGACCCCGAAAGAAACCAAGUUGUCUCCUGAACCAGAGAAGAUUGUCACUGAGAAGACAGAGAUUGUUAAACAAGUUGAAAUUGUUGAGCAGAGAUCCAAGAAGUCGCCAAGGAUGAGAUUCUUAAGGUCGAGCCAACUUCCAAGGAGCCUCUCGGCCACAAUCAUCCGCCGAGCUGAAAGAAGAGAAAUCUCCCGGCCAGAAUCCGUCGCCAGUGUCAAGGAGAGCCCGAAAGAAUCCAAAUUGUCUCCUGAGCUGGAGAAGAUUGUCACUGAGAAGACAGAGAUCGUUAAACAAGUUGAAAUUGUUGAGCAGAAGAUCCAAGAAGUCGCCAAGGAUGAGAUUCUUAAGGUCGAGCCAACUUCCAAGGAGCCCUCUCGGCCACAAUCAUCCGCCGAGCUGAAAGAAGAGGUCAAGGAAGUUGGCAAGGAGUCUCCGAAGGAAAUCUCCAGGCCAGAGUCCGUUGCCAGUUCGAAGGACGAAGCUCCGAAAGAGCCUGAGCCCAUUUCGGAACCGACAAAAGAAAUCUCCCGGCCAGAAUCCGUCGCCAGUGUCAAGGAGAGCCCGAAAGAAACCAAGUUGUCUCCUGAAUUAGAGAAGAUUGUCACUGAGAAGACAGAGAUCGUUAAACAAGUUGAAAUUGUUGAGCAGAAGAUCCAAGAAGUCGCCAAGGAUGAGAUUCUUAAGGUCGAGCCAACUUCCAAGGAGCCCUCUCGGCCACAAUCAUCCGCCGAGCUGAAAGAAGAGGUCAAGGAAGUUGGCAAGGAGUCUCCGAAGGAAAUCUCCAGGCCAGAGUCCGUUGCCAGUUCGAAGGACGAAGCUCCGAAAGAGCCUGAGCCCAUUUCGGAACCGACAAAAGAAAUCUCCCGGCCAGAAUCCGUCGCCAGUGUCAAGGAGAGCCCGAAAGAAUCCAAAUUGUCUCCUGAGCUGGAGAAGAUUGUCACUGAGGAUGAGAUUCUUAAGGUCGAGCCAACUUCCAAGGAGCCCUCUCGGCCACAAUCAUCCGCCGAGCUGAAAGAAGAGGUCAAGGAAGUUGGCAAGGAGUCUCCGAAGGAAAUCUCCAGGCCAGAGUCCGUUGCCAGUUCGAAGGACGAAGCUCCGAAAGAGCCUGAGCCCAUUUCGGAACCGACAAAAGAAAUCUCCCGGCCAGAAUCCGUCGCCAGUGUCAAGGAGACCCCGAAAGAAUCCAAAUUGUCUCCUGAACUGGAGAAGAUUGUCACUGAGAAGACAGAGAUCGUUAAACAAGUUGAAAUUGUUGAGCAGAAGAUCCAAGAAGUCGCCAAGGAUGAGAUUCUUAAGGUCGAGCCAACUUCCAAGGAGCCCUCUCGGCCACAAUCAUCCGCCGAGCUGAAAGAAGAGGUCAAGGAAGUUGGCAAGGAGUCUCCGAAGGAAAUCUCCAGGCCAGAGUCCGUUGCCAGUUCGAAGGACGAAGCUCCGAAAGAGCCUGAGCCCAUUUCGGAACCGACAAAAGAAAUCUCCCGGCCAGAAUCCGUCGCCAGUGUCAAGGAGAGCCCGAAAGAAACCAAGUUGUCUCCUGAAUUAGAGAAGAUUGUCACUGAGAAGACAGAGAUCCCAACUUCCAAGGAGCCCUCUCGGCCACAAUCAUCCGCCGAGCUGAAAGAAGAGGUCAAGGAAGUUGGCAAGGAGUCUCCGAAGGAAAUCUCCAGGCCAGAGUCCGUUGCCAGUUCGAAGGACGAAGCUCCGAAAGAGCCUGAGCCCAUUUCGGAACCGACAAAAGAAAUCUCCCGGCCAGAGUCCGUCGCCAGUUCGAAGGACGAAGCUCCGAAAGAGCCUGAGCCCAUUUCGGAACCGACAAAAGAAAUCUCCCGGCCAGAAUCCGUCGCCAGUGUCAAGGAGACCCCGAAAGAAUCCAAAUUGUCUCCUGAGCUGGAGAAGAUUGUCACUGAGAAGACAGAGAUCGUUAAACAAGUUGAAAUUGUUGCGCAGAAGAUCCAAGAAGUCGCCAAGGAUGAGAUUCUUAAGGUCGAGCCAACUUCCAAGGAGCCCUCUCGGCCACAAUCAUCCGCCGAGCUGAAAGAAGAGGUCAAGGAAGUUGGCAAGGAGUCUCCGAAGGAAAUCUCCAGGCCAGAGUCCGUUGCCAGUUCGAAGGACGAAGCUCCGAAAGAGCCUGAGCCCAUUUCGGAACCGACAAAAGAAAUCUCCCGGCCAGAAUCCGUCGCCAGUGUCAAGGAGAGCCCGAAAGAAACCAAGCUGUCUCCUGAAUUAGAGAAGAUUGUCACUGAGAAGACAGAGAUCGUUAAACAAGUUGAAAUUGUUGCGCAGAAGAUCCAAGAAGUCGCCAAGGAUGAGAUUCUUAAGGUCGAGCCAACUUCCAAGGAGCCCUCUCGGCCACAAUCAUCCGCCGAGCUGAAAGAAGAGGUCAAGGAAGUUGGCAAGGAGUCUCCGAAGGAAAUCUCCAGGCCAGAGUCCGUUGCCAGUUCGAAGGACGAAGCUCCGAAAGAGCCUGAGCCCAUUUCGGAACCGACAAAAGAAAUCUCCAGGCCAGAGUCCGUCGCCAGUUCGAAGGACGAAGCUCCGAAAGAGCCUGAGCCCAUUUCGGAACCGACAAAAGAAAUCUCCCGGCCAGAAUCCGUCGCCAGUGUCAAGGAGAGCCCGAAAGAAUCCAAAUUGUCUCCUGAGCUGGAGAAGAUUGUCACUGAGAAGACAGAGAUCGUUAAACAAUCAUGCGAGGUUAAAAAGGUGGAUGAGAUUCUUAAAUCUCCUGACGUUGUCGAGCAAUUUCCCGGGCCAGACUCUGUUCCCAGCGCUAGAGAUGUAUCUCCUGAUCUCGAAGGAUCUCUACAAUUUGCUACCAUUCAUUCUGCUACUGAGGUUGCCAGUAGUGAAUAUAAAGAAGAGUCCUUGUCGCUGCAUUUGGAAAUUGUGAAAAAAACUGUUGACAUCACUGAAUAUAAAGAGGCUAAAACGCCAAGUCCGUCGAAAUCUCCCUUAAAGGAUCCUGUAGAGUUCCAUGAAGUCAUUCAAAUUCCUUUGGAGUCGACAUUUGUUAAACCUUUAUCGAGCUUGCAGUCUUCUACUGAGUGUUCUAAAACUAUUGAUAUAUUGGAAUUACCUGAUGUUUACUCGUCUGAAUCCGUGACUGAGGUCAUUGAACAGUCAUCUUAUUUGCCACAAGACGAUUUGAUCGCGCAAGAAAAGCAAGAUGUUGAAAGCAUUGGAGGCGAAACUAGAACAGGACAUAGUGAAGAGCCUGAUUCCCUUGUUCCUCGCCCUGAAAUUGAUUUUAUUCCCCUGGAUAAAAUUCAUUUGUCAGCUGUGGAUGUGUCGUCGCUGGCCUCAAGUGUCCUCCCAUCGUCUGCAUCGUCAGAUGCUGCGGAAGGAUCAGACGUGGUAUUAGAAAGAAGUCCAGAGAGGAAGUCAAGGCGUUCACGAACGGAAGAUACUUUACUUGGUGAGGAAUUUUUGAGAGCCGGAAGAGAUCUCCUCGAAGAUGACUCACCCCAGUUGACUGACGUUACUUCUUCAUCCAUGACGAACGUUACUGACCGAAUUGAGUCCUCCCUUGAGACAGACUGGACAGCAGACGAUGACUCUGCAGGACAGACCCCAGCAAAAUCGCUGGGUCAAAGCUUCGAACUUGAGAGAACUUUGCAAGUGACCACACGAUAUGAGUCCGAAAGAUCCAUCUCUGCAUCGGACAAUGCAGCUUCAGAUAUAUCGAAUGAUUCCAUGAGGAAAUUCGUGAGCAAUCUUCCGCAUGAUAGCGAUUCAAGCUGCGAUGUUCCUAAGAUAAGAACAUCGUCCAGCGAAGAAAAAAUGUCUUCGUCUGGACAUGAGGAAAUUCAUCAUCAUAUUAUCGAGAAAACCCAGAAAGUAGAUUCCUCUUCUCCUCUAAGUGAUCUCACGGAGUGCACUGAAAGUGUUUCCGCUGUUGAGUCUAUAAUUGAGGGAACUGGAGUUGAGAAGAAAGAAUUGCUGAAGAAAAUAAAGAGUGUAGACAAGAUUGAAAAGUCUGAAUUACCAGAGAAAAUUGCUGCUAAACAGGAGAGAUUUGAAAAGAAAUUAGAGGAAAGAGAAACAAUUAUUGAGAAGUCAAUGAAACCUGCCAUGAAAAAGAAAGACAUUAAAGUUCAACUUGUAACUAAACCUUUGAUGGAUUCCAAUAAGAUCAAGGAGAAGACAAGCAAAGUCCAGAAAAUUGAUAUUGGAAAAUCCAGCACGAAGAAAAUCCACGUAAGUCGUAAGACAGAAGAUGUGUCUGUGACUUCUUCCAGCACAAGAACAACCACUGUCACAUCGAGCAGAGUUUAUGGCUAUAUGCAAUCGACUCUGUCUCGCGAUCAGAAGAUUGGAAAGGGAAUAGCAAUUCCUGAGAAAAGAGUUUCGACUCCAACGCGCUCUGUGUCGCGAAGCGAAACUCCACGAACUCCGGUCAAGAAGGCAGAGGCUAAAAGUCGAGUGGACACUUUUAGAGCUAAAACACCUGAUGUGAAAGUUGAGAAGAAAACCUUUGAGAAGACCACUUCUCAGGUAGAACGCAAGAAGAAGAAGGUUGAUGAGCCUGAGAAAAAAACGACGUCUAAAGUGGGAAAAUCCUCUCCUCCAGCUUCAUUUAAGGACGAUAAAAAGAAAAUCCAAACCAAGUCUGUUGCCGUAUCAAAAGUGGCAACAAUUAAGAGUAACAAGGAUACAAAGAAUCUCAGUCUGAUUCCUGUGAGAAAGACAAAAACUGAGGUAAGGAAGGAAGGUGCAGGAGAUGUUAGUCACGUGAAGGUGAAAAAGAGUACAAUGACCACCACGAAGAUCACUCUCCACUCUUCAAGUGAUGAGGAAAAGAUGAAGAAGGGCGAGAAGGUCAAAAGGAGCUCUCCGCAGGAGCCAAAGAGAACUCUGAAGAGAGCGGAACUCAAGGAGAAACUUUUGAGUCAGGAAGCUCGCAGGGAAGCUCGCAAGAUUGGCCAGGAAAUUGACUCAUACCGCAGUCAAUCUGCUCUUCCCUUCACACACCGGGAAUACGUGAGUCGUGACAAAUCUCCUGCAUCUCUGCCGUCGAGUCCCAAUCAUUUGCGUCGAUCCAUUCAAAAUGGAAGCCAAGUGAUCACGAGUGAGGUGUUCACGCGCACUGUUGAUUCCUCGCGGUCCAUUGAAGUGAUCUAUCGCCAGCCGUCCACGUCGAAUGUCGAUCUCGUGCGGAGGCUCAAUGACUACAAGUGCAACGAUGUGGAUGUGAGUUUCAUAGAGACGACAGACUCGAGUCUGUCGGACUCUAUCGCUCUACCAUCCUCAUCGUCUGACCAUGAGAACGAUGGGUUUGGCAAGUGGAAGCGCUCAUGCAGUCCAGCUUCGCCAAAACCCACGAAGAGAGCCCUGCAGAUGCUCGAACACAAAAUUGGACGCAAGAGCGAGACCCUUAUCACAAGUACUAUUGAAGAUGAGGAGGAAUCAGCUGUGGCGACAGAGGGAGGCCACGCGGAGACGGAGAAGGGUGCAGAGAGUGUCGUGGCUGUCGCUCACGUGGCUGGUGUGACCCAGGAGAGCCGACUCUCGCCAAUCCUCGCCUUCAAGGCUGUCUCACCGCCCCGCAUGAAACACAAGUUCGACUACGAGAGCCUCAGCACCCAAGAUAAAAAAGGCGACUCAAAAGAACAUCGUGAUUCGGAAUUGUCGGACAGUGAUAGUCUCAAAGGGGAUGAUUUUGAUAAAUUAGUUCGUUGUGAGGCAAUUCACUUAGUCGAUAGUGUGUUAGAGCAAAGCUUGUCCAUAGUCCAUUCGCAACAGCAGCCACAGUGUCUAACUGAUGGUGGGCAGUCGGAGAGUGAGCAUUUUGCCAUCACCAGUGACAUAUCGAAUGGUGUCGAUUUCGUGAAAUCGCCAACCAUAGAGUCAAUAUCUGGCAAGUCGUUCGAUGACGACAACGAGGGCAUUGAUCAGGUGGUUGUGGACGCCAAGGCGGCUCGCAUUGACCGCCGCUUCGAGAGACUCUCAUCGCAGCUCGACGACCAGGAGUUGAACGACGACGCGGAGUUUGAGCGCGCUAUGGCGGCGAUCGAUCGGGACGAGGUGUCGCAGCUGCAGAGCGACUUCUCCAAGAUGAGCUGGGAUGAGAGUGUCUCAGCCACCACCGCCGAACAUGCCCUCAGCACGCCAGAUACUGACUUGCAAGAUCUCAAUCAAGAGCCAAGAAGAGACCCUGACACACUUCCAAAACCAACGCCUAGGUUAAGUAAAUCAAUAACAGAUGAGUCAGGUGAGGUGAGUUCAUCUGUAGCCACGGAAGACAAAGAGAAGACGUUCAGUGAGAAAAAGAUUUUCUGGGAGUCUCUGGAGAGUCCCAAGGAUGGUGAGAAGUUGCUCGAAGAAGUGGCCAAAGGGGCCCGUGCUGCGCCCAUUCCGAAGCCACGCGUUCAGCUCAGCACAAGCCUGUCCAAGGGCGAGGAGUCCUCGGAGGCGCCCAGCCUCAGGGAGGACACCAAGUCUGAGAGAUCAGAGAUCUCAUCGGAGCGCCACGUGGAGUACGGAGAGUCCGAUAGUGCUCGAUCCAUCACAGAGUCGAGGAGCGCUGGCAAGGAAGAGGACUCAAUCACAAUGGAGGAGCGCUUAGAUGACGAGAGCUUUCCGCUGAGCGAUCGUCUGGACAGUUCGGAGAAGAGAGAUGAGGCUGAGGACAAGACCGAGUAUGUGGAAGACGAUCACAAUCUGAUGAAGACUGAUGAUGAGUCGGAAACCGGAGAAGCCAAACAGGCAAAGUUCUACAUUGGUGAAUCUAGCAAGAAUAUAAUCACCAAGACUCAGACUGAAAAGAGAUCUGAGUUUGCAUAUGAUAAUGACGGGUACAGAACGACCCAAGAAAGUGUUACUCUGGAAGAAGAGAUGUCUCUUCCAUCGUCUUCUGCUGAGCUAGAGAAACACCAGCGAAUGACUGUGGAGAAGAGCGAAACUGAGAUAUCGGAGAAAAUCCGAUACGCUUCAGUGAAGGUGAGUCAAAUGGAUCAAGAUGAGGAGGAGGCAAAACUGCACAAAGCACCGGAAAUGGAGAAAGUCCCAGUAAUUCACUCACCAAUAAAGCCAUAUCAGAGUGUAGUGGACUUUGAGACUCCGGUGCCAGUUCAGGAAGACGUUGUGACCACAGCCAAAGCCACGGCAAUUGAUGUUUUGGGCGACGAAGCGAAGAAGCAAGCAAGCAUUGAAAGCGUGAGUGAGUCACAGUCACUUAAAGAAUCCUCCAGAAUUGUGGAAGCUCAAACAAAGUCCACUGAUGAGAUCGCCAUGGAGCGAACUUUGGCGGAAGUUAGUGAAUCUCUCGAUGCAGUUCAGGAGGAACUCAUAGAAACGGUGAAGGAUGGCAAGCUUAUCAAGCAGAGUCCAUCGGAGUUUGAAUUCAAAGUCUUGCCGCACAUCAAAUACACCGAGGAGACAAUUCAUGAAUCAUAUCAGGAGGACUCAUCACAUGGCGAUGUGUCUCUGGGCGAGAGAAUUGUGGAGAAGGCAGUUUCGCAGAAGCCCGACGCUCAGGAUGCUUCCUCUUCGCAACAGUCUUCGGCAGAGGAUUCCUCACAGAAGCUGGAUGUUGUGCAGCGCAAGCAGAAGGGAAGCAGUGUUCCGGGCUCAAAUAGGUGGUCAGUUACUGACCAGGACAACUACUCCAGCUCUGAUAGUCACUACCAGAGCUUCGAGAAGACAGAAAGUCGCCCAGCAUCGUCAGAUGUGGAGAAUCUGCUCACGUCAGAGUACCAAACUGCCAUGGACAACUCAUUCAGGCCAGGGUCCACAGAGUAUCACAGUGCAGUGAGCACUCUUGAGUACAGUGCCGGAGCGACGAUCAGCUCUCGCGAGAGCAUGAAGAGUUUUGACUCUGAAAGCUCUGGCCAUUUGGCGAGUGUUGAAGUCUCGGAAGCGUCAGAGACGCUAAUUCCCUCGACAAUGGAUUUGGAGAUGGAAACGUCCGAGGCAGAGACUGAGGAGGGUGAAAUGAAGUAUGGGAGUUUAGAGGAGAAGGGAGGAACAAUUCUACUUGAGUUUGAUGAUAGCGCAGAGCCCGUGGCCAGUGGAAGUAUGAAGCGAUCUCAAGAGAUGACAUUCCAACCGGAAUUGAAGCCAAUCUAUCCACUAGAGUCGCCUGAAAUCACUGAGAAAGACGAUCUCAGGACUGCUGUGACAGAAUCCUCGCGCAUCAUGACGAGUAGCGAGGAGAUAAAGAUAUCUGGCAGUGGAAGUUAUGAUGAAACGAGGUUUGCCUCAAGUCUAGAGGAUGGCAGCAUUCUGUCAGUAAGUCUCUCGAGUGCUUCUUGCAUAGAGACAGUCAUGGAAAAUGCUCCGGAGGGAUUUGAUAUUCCCUCUCUCAGUGGAUCACUCACAGGAAGUUACGAGCUUCAUCACAAACUCACUGAUGAUAUCAUAGCGACGAGCUUUGAAGAGUCUGACCUCACUUUCAAGCCAGACGAUGUUGUGCUGACAUCGUCCGCUGUAAUGGACGAUGCAAGAAGCACGACGACAGAAUCUCAAGACAGUCCGGACUCUGGGAGGAAGCCAGGGAAGGGCCACAAGAGAAAUGACAGCACCAGCUUUGCUUCCUUCAAGGGAUUUGACUCUGGCAGCAAACCGCCCUCCGACGAGCUCGAUGAUCUGGAUGAGGAGAUGAUCAUCCACGAGCAAGAGCCUCAUGUCACACUCCUGAGGGAGACUUUCAUAUCUGAGGAUCAGAGAGGCAGCGGGUCAGACUCUGACUAUGACCGGUAUGAGACUGAGUAUUCAAGAGCUUAUAAAACUCCCGCUGAUCUGCAGUCGAAGAAGGGAAAGCGCGCGGCUGAGAUGAGAACGGAGACUUUCGAGAAAGACAUGGACAUCAAGAGAUCGCGAUCGCCAUCGCAGUCGAUCAUUGAAACCAUCGAGGAAGACGUUAAUGCUGAGGCAGAGUGUCAGCAAGAGACCCAGCAAACGUUGAAGCAAGUGUCACAGAAUCUCCAGGACUACUCAAAUGUGCCCAACAUCACGAUCACAGAUGAUCCCAAUAAGUAUGUCAGUGACGACGAGGACAUUCAAGUGCCAUCCGCUCCGCCGGCAUCGCUCAAAGAAGAACCACCGAAACCUCAAGUGAAAUCACCGACUGAGGAGCAGAAGAUUCAAUAUGCUCAGCAAAGGGAGUACAAAAUGACUGAAGAUCAGUACGAGGAGCUCCUCGAAAGGCAAUCCAAGUCGAAGAUCACCGAUCCCGUUCCGACUUACAGCUUUGAGGAGGCGCAGAAGGACGAGGCCCGCGGCGAUUCGCCGGGCAGUGACUCUUUCGAGAUGCUGGAGCAGCCAGACAUCUCGGAUGAGUUUGUGAUCAUUGAAGAGGUGGCCAAGGAGGCCAACGAAAUGGACGUGGAGGGGAAGAGCGUGAAGAUCAAGCCCACAAAGUAUGUGAAGAAGCACGAUGAGGACUUAGAGAAGUAUAUUGUCCACUCGGCGCCGGCUGAUCCUAACGCAGGCUCAAUUAUCUACAGCGAUGUGCACAAUCGUGAGCAGAUUGGCUUCGAUUUCGAGGAGAGUCCGCCUCAGGAGGGCGGCAAGGCUGAGAAGGAUCCCAAUAUUGAGGCCAGUAAGAAAUGGGUUGAGAUGCAACUGGCUGACAAUGCACAAAACCUGAGGUAUCCUUAUGAGUUGGAGCGCGGUGUGCUGGAGGAUAUCAAGGAGGAGGACAAUGAGAUGGAAGUGGGCAGCAGCAGGAUUAGUAGCUUCAAGGACUCGUUCUCCAGCACUCCUGAGUACGAUGUACUGGCGGGAAGGAAGUGCUUUAAUAAGGAGAAUGACGACAUCUCGAUGAGUAGUUUGCAGGAGUUUGAGAACUUGGAGCAAGCGAUAUCGCUGGAGAACAGACGACAGCAUCAAGGAUCACAGGAUUCUCUGUCGAACGGGAGUUUUCCGAAGAGAUACUUGGCGAGAAGCGCUGAAGGAGAUGGCAUCUCCUUGUCCAGUCUAAAAGAGUUCGAAGGUUUGGAGAAUGCUUGUCUUGAGGCACAUUUGCUGGAAAUUAAGGCGAAGGAAGAAGCUGCUCUGUUGCUCUCCAGGUCAGAUGAAUCCAACAAGUCGGACAGUUCUGGAAAGGGAGGCAAAACUGAGGGCACAGAGAUUACAAGCACUGUCACGACAGUGACAACAGUGACCAAGACAUCCAAUGGAGCGACAAAGGUGAUGACUUCAUCUGGAUUUCAGGUUCUAAAGCACAAACUUGAUGAGAUCGAGGAUGAGAGUCUGCCGUCAAAUAUCAUGGAAACUUCAACGGAUAGUCUCGAGGCUAGCAAGCCCAAAGCAGGAGCGAGUGGAUCAAGGCGGGAGAGUGUGGACAGCUUAGAGAUCAACAAGAGUGGAAUGGAUGCCAUGACGAGCAGUAUGGAUUCGAUAGAGUUGAUGAGAGAAGGCGUAACUGCGAAAUCUUCAAAAUCAGAAGCAGAUUCUAUCGAACAAGUUGUUCCGUCGGCGGUGAAGAGCGACAGCACGGAUUCCAUCGAGCAGCAGCAAGCGGGGUCGAAUAGAUUUUCCCAGCAGUACGAUGAGGAUUCCAUUGAGGAGGAGACGAACGUCACCCAGACAACGGUGAUGAGCUCUUCGGGGCAGCAUCAAGUGAUCACGACGACCACAACCGUCACAAGGACUGGCGGACCGCAGAGUUUCGGCGCCAUUCCCAAGGACAUCUCGAGCGACUCCUUGAACCCACUCGAGGGCGAUCUCCUGCUGACGAGCAGCGAGAGCCUGGACCAGUACACCAGCUCAACGGCCACGAACGCCACGUACCAGACGGACCGCGACUCGCAGAUGUCGGGCAGCAUGACGAGCUGCGACUCCAACACCAUGAUCGACACGCUGGACUCGAACGUGGCGGAAUAUUACAGCAGUCAGGGCCCCUCGCCGCUGUUCUUCGAGGAUCGCACCAUCUUGAGUGGCGCCUCGAGGCGCGAAGCCACACAGAAGGGCGACAGCUUGCUCUUCGAUCCCUUCGACCCAUUCGAGAGUCAGUCGGACAAGGAAUGAUCGACACAGCAAGGUGAAUCCUCUGGAGCCGAAGUGCGAGAGUUGGAUAAGGACAAAGUAAAAAGAUUUGAUAAGGAUCUUUAAGGAGUUGCUGCCUGUCACUUGCUGUUCUUCAAUACAAUUAAGAGAAACCAAAAAUGCUAAUAAAAUGAUUAUUCACCCAUUAUAAUAUUUAAUAAAAAGAAGAAAAAAAUAUUAACAUUAUUAUUGAUAUUAAUAUUCCAAUGAAAAAGUAUAAAAAAAAGAUAUUUGCAUCUAUGUGGUAUUAAAUAUUACGAUGAAGAAGAAAAAUAUUUAACAUUAAUUACGAUGUGAAGAAAAAAAAUUAAAUGCUUAGCUCAAUAAAGAAGAGAAAAAAAA